GCGGGGCGGGGCGGGCCGCAGUCGCGCGGCGCGGGCGAGGCGAGCGGCGGAGUUCCCGUCCCGGCGGCGGCAGCGGCGGCGGGCGAGGCGAGAGGCGGCGACGGUGACGGUUGCGGCAUGGCGCUGUCCGUGCCGGUCAACGGGCUGAAGGAGGGCGACAAGGAGCCCGUCAUCGAGCUCUUCGUCAAGGCUGGCAGCGAUGGGGAAAGCAUAGGAAACUGCCCUUUCUCUCAGAGGCUCUUCAUGAUCCUUUGGCUGAAGGGAGUGGUGUUCAGCGUCACAACAGUCGACCUGAAGAGAAAACCAGCAGACCUUCAGAAUUUGGCUCCGGGCACUCAUCCACCCUUUAUAACUUACAAUGGUGAAGUGAAAACAGAUGUGAAUAAGAUUGAAGAGUUCCUGGAAGAAGUUUUGGCUCCACCAAAAUACCUGAAACUUUCUCCAAAGCACCCCGAAUCCUACACUGCUGGAAUGGAUAUUUUUGCCAAAUUUUCUGCGUUUAUCAAAAAUUCCAGACCGGAGGCGAAUGAAGGCUUAGAACGUGGCCUCUUGAAAACCCUCCAGAAACUGGAUGAGUACCUGAACUCUCCUCUUCCCGAUGAGAUAGAUGAGAACAGCAUGGAGGAUAUUACAGUUUCUACCCGCAAGUUUUUGGAUGGCAAUGAGAUGACACUAGCAGACUGCAACCUGCUGCCCAAACUGCACAUUGUCAAGGUGGUGGCCAAAAAAUAUCGCAACUUUGAGAUUCCCAAGGAAAUGACGGGGGUUUGGAGAUACCUGACAAAUGCUUACAGCAGGGAUGAGUUCACCAACACCUGUCCUGGAGACAAAGAAAUUGAAAUAGCUUACAGUGAUGUAGCCAAGAGACUCACUAAGUAAACAGCACUUACAAAAGAGAUGACUUCUUGCAUAUUCCAUAACAAUGCUUCUAACAGACUGCUCUUUUCAUAUAAGAUAGCAAUUUUUUGUUUUUUUUUUUUUUUUGCAUGAACUUGCAGUUAUUCAAAGUUAUGGUGGAUAGACCAGGUACAGUAAUUACCUAAAGUUUGCAGACUUAAUUAUAGGCUUGUUUUUCCUUACCUCUUUUCAUGGCAAGUCAUGUUAUUCAUGCAGUUACAUUACUAUUGUUGUGGGGUACUGGAUUCUUCAGUACGAAGAGUUCUCUUGCCCCCACUACUUGUCUUUGCAAACAUUUGGUCCCCAUCUACGAAUUGGUCUAGGAUACUGUCUUUCUGUAUGGUACAAGGAAUAUUUAUGUAUUUUGGGAUUUACUGCUCUUCCAGAAGAUCUAUACACAAUUGUCAUAUGUACAACACAUCGAGCUGUACCUGUUCGUCUAUCCUAUUUACAUAUAGAAGGGAACUUACUCUCCAGAAAAGCCAUUUGAGAACUAUUUGGCAAUGCUUUUAAAAUAGAUAGAUGUCUAAUAAUUCUCCUGGAUUUGAAAUCUCAGUGGUGGUUGAGAACAGACUCGCAUGUGAAACUUGGGUUUGAAUGGCCUCGAACAUCAGGAGGUUUGAAUGCAGGCUUGUGCACUACAGCCAGGAGCUCGCGGUGCAGAGUUAACAUUUAGUUGUGUCUUCAAGAACGCGGUGAGAUCAAACAACAACAAAGCAAUUGACAGCUUACACUUGUCCCAAAUUCUGAGCUGCAGCACAUGAAUACCUGUCAGGAUGCCCUUUGACAUCACGAAACCAAAAGAAUUGGAUGCUUGCCAUCUGUUCACCUUAAGCAUUUCAAGUGGCUUUCUUUUUGGUAGUUAAGAGCCUUUAUUUUGUAUAGGUCUUUCUGGUGAUAUUUCCUUAAAGAAGAAAUCUUUGCUGUCAUAAGCAAAAUGUGUAAGCAUUAGUGACGAGUAGCUGCUGUACGUGGUGGAUAGCAGUGCAAUGAUGGGCAAUGCAAAACUGAACACCGAGAGCCCUUAAAGCUGGAGUCUUUCUGGGAACUUUUGUAAGCUGUUUGGUUUUAUUUUUUUCCUAAAGAAAGCUAAAGUGACCUUUAAAGACAACACUUGCCUUAAAUGAUCGCGUUCCCUGUUUUUUUUUUAAUCUGAAAGGGUUAUCUGUUAAUUACUCCUGUAAAGGAAGGGUGCGUGGAAUCCAGUCCUGUGCAUUGAAUUUACCCCCAACUGCUUUCUGUGCAUCCGGAUUGCAGCUUUGCAUGAUCACGAUCAUUGCACUACUGUACAUCAUCUUUAUACUGCAACACUGAGGAAUAGCACUGCAAUUUUUUUAAGAACCAAUUUUUGAGUAUUUCCAAGCCGGGGAAUAGUUUUCUUGUUUCAGAUGAAUGAUUUUGAUGCAUGGAAUAAACAGCUCGGUUAUUUUUAAUAGACCACCAUAAACGACUCCAAAGAACACUAGACUUACACGCCUAUUUUUUUGUAAAGCUACUUUUCUAUUUAACUGAUUUCAGAAGCUGGAAAGUGCUAUUCCUGGUCGGUUGUCCUCGGGAUAUUUGUCAUUCUGCAAUAACACAGAGGCGCUCACAUAAACUCUUUUAUACACUAUUUUUUUUUUUUUGUAAGCGCUGGCUUUAUGGAAGCCCAACUUUUCUAAGCAUCCUGCUUUUGCUACCGUGUAGACCCGUGACAUUAGCUUGACAUAGAAGAGGUAGAGUAAGAGAUGUGUAUUUGUACACGUGGCUUGUGGUGCCUUGUCCUGCCGUCCUAGAGCUAGACCUGCAAUAUAAAGGCAAUUAGCAUUCCUGUUACACGUCCUUCUAAGAAAACCAUAGCUACACUUAGACCCUAUUAUGAUUUAUUACAGGAGCGUUCAGGCACAGAAGGAAGAUUCUGCAGAGCGACCUGGUUAGGAGGAAUUAAUCGUAGCCCUUUGUUAAUUACUGUGUUCUGACGUCACGUUCUCACCCCAAAUGAAGUUGCUCAGCCAUAACCAUCCUUUGUAGGGGUUCAGUCUCUGCUGCAUGGUGACAUCUAGAAAAAGGGACGACUUCCUCUUUUGUGAGAUGACAGCAUUUGUGUUGACGUAGACUUGGAGAAGGGAAAAAGCCCUCGUUGUUCUGCUGUGCCUCGUACAGUUAACCCUUCAAAACAGAGAAUAGGAAGCAGUGCAAUUGGUUUGUUACAUUCUGAACUCCCCUUUAAAGCCCCGACCAGCCCUUGGAGCUGUCUGAGGCUCUUUCUAAGAGCAGAUUGGCCGUUGCAUGCCCACUUGGCACACCAGGCACCUGCGUGCGUGUCAGGGUGGAAGCAGCUUUGUGCAGCUUUGCGGCGUGCGUGCUGCCUGCAUAUCAAUGCACGCAAAUGCUGAACCUGCUCAAAGCAGCAGGCGUGUUGCCUUGCACAGAUAAUGGAUCCUCCCUGCUUUCUAGGCAAUCUUCAGACCAUUGUAAUACACUAUAUUCAGCGUGAAGUAUUUUAAUGACGGCGUCUGAAAGCCUGUAAACAAAGCUGAGGCUCUUGCUGUAACGAAUGCAUUUUUUGAUCUCUGCACAAUGCAGUGUUGAGCAUUGGAGCCUUCCUCUUCGGGGCAUAACUCAAACAAGGGCCAGGUUGGCAAUUCCAAAGGCGGUGACAUGCGACAGCUGCCACAUGGUAAAAGGGACCAGUGUCUUCCUGGCUUCCUAGGGCACAGGUGUGUGGUGCUGGGGCAGAAGUUGGCCAUCCCUUGUGGCUUCAGCAGAACCCAGUGGGGCACUGCGCUGCUCGCCCCCUGGCUGAGCUCUCCUUGCUGGGGUGGUGCGAAGCCUCCGCGUCUGGUGUGGGCAGAGCACUUUCAUCUGGCCCCAAUCACCAGCCCGACAUUAAUUAAGAAAAAAGCCCUUUCAUAACUAUGUAAAUUCUUGACUUCUGUCAACUUGUUUACAAUCUGAUCUUUGAAUGCAUUUUUAAUUUCAUCAAACAGCAAUUAAUCUAGCCCUGUUUAAAUUUAAAAUGAUGCUCCUAGCCCCUUCUGAAGCAGUUACCCUUUCAAGUAGGCAUUCCAGUUUGCAAGCUGGCUGCAUGUAUUAGCACGCUGAGCAACUUGCUCUAAUCCCAAGCUGAAAUACUCUGAAUUUUCCAUUAAAACAGGUGACUUCUCUUUCCUGAACAGAAAACCCAUCGUCUUCACGCUGGUUUUGUGUAGGAGAAUGGAUGAUAGCAUACACAUGAUUUUCUUUCUUUUUUUUUAACAAAGCUUUCCUUCUCCAAGAGCUUCCCCCAUGCGUACCCAGCUGCGGGUUGACCGAGAGGCAUGGGAACUUCUGGAACGUUCCACGCUCCCCGCAGCUUUCCUGCCCUUCUGCCUGCUGCUCCCUUCAGGUCUGUGGCAGUGGCCCUCGUGGACAGGCGCAGCCGCAGCGCUCCUACCUUUGCAUUUUUCCCAUCAAAUUGGUGGUUUUCUUCCCGCGGCGGGCAUGCCCGAACCCAUGGCGAGUUGCAUGUCGUUCCACGAUAAGAGGAGAGAUGUAAUCGAGUUUUUAUGCUAAAGUAGCAAAUUAGCAUUUCAUAUCAAAGGAGCACAGACAUGAAUAAAUGGAAGAUGCCUGAGCCAAACCCGCUGAUGCCUAUCUCGACGGAGAACAAAAAGUGGCGAAGUGCAGUCAACAUUUUUUUUUUUUCACCCUUUGCCACUCGCAGUACGAUCUGAACGCAUCCAAUUAACAUUCUUUUUUUUUUUUUUUCCAGAAGAAAGCUUUAUCCCGAGUGGAAAAAUUCUUCAUCUGCCUCAGAACCCGUGCCACUGACUCUUAGAGGGAGGGGAGAGGGUGGGAGAGUGGAACAGGAUGGGUUACGGAGUCUCCCAGGGCAGGGUAUCGAGAUUCGGAGCGCUGUUUGCAGAAAUAUUUGAAGAGUUGACCCGAUCUGUUGUAGUUUGCUUAUGUCUUUCACUCUCUGGAACAUCUUUUACAGAUAUCCCAGUGUACUGCUGGCAGCUAUUGUUAAAAAUAAAACUAUAUUUUCACUACCAA